UGACUUUUGACAGUUCAUAAAUCAUAAUUUUUGCGCAUGUCGAUUAAUUUAUAGGUUAAGUUUGUUAAAGUUGUGUUUUUUUAAUUUUAAUUCUUGUACUAGUUCUGCUCACUGAACUCGUAUUUAUUUUUAUGUGAUAAGUUCCGAGGUCCUAGAUAGCCUUACGUAUAUAUUUUAAUAAUUUAAUAUUCGUUAUACAAAUGAAAAUUAUAGAUAGCUGGCAAUAUGGAUUUUGCUAGAAAACAGUUAUUAAAAUACGGAUGGUCUGAAGGCAAAGGGUUAGGGAAACAUGAGAAUGGCAUAUCCCAGCCACUUAAACCUAAGAUUAAGAGAAGUGUGACAGGGGUUGGUCAUGACCCAGCCUCAGAGUUCAACGAGCACUGGUGGAGUGCACUGUACGACAAGGCUGCAGGGAAUGUUGAAGUCCACGAAAAUAAUGGAAAAACAAAAAAGAUCAAUACAAAAGGUGACUUAACAAUAACAACCAACACAUGGCAAAUUAGCAAAGGAUCAAAGAAAGAGGCAAAAGAACAAUAUUCUGAAUUCUUUCUACGCACAGCAGUACUGACUAAGGGGGGUAACAAAGUGGAGAAAGUAAAAGAAAGUGAUUCUGAAGAUGAAGCAGAGACUGAAAAGAAGGAUGUGUUAAAGAUGACUGAUGAGGAAUUGUUUGCUGCUUGUGAAGGAAGAACUGCACAUAAAGGUGCCCGCCACGGCUUGAAAGCAACUGGAAAAUUGGCCAGGAUAGCACAACAAGAAGCAAUGCUGCUGUCACAAUCAAAAUACAAUGGUUAUUCUCAUGCUAAGAAAAUUAAAGAACCUAUAGAAGAUGCUAUAUUGAGUCCAGAAGAAACAGAACCCAAGAAGAAGAAGAAAAAGCGAAAAAGGUGUUUUAGUAAUGAAGGACGUCACGAAAAUCCUAAGGUAGAAAAUCUUACUCCUGUGCCUGCAGAAAGUAGUAAUGAUACUAAUUCUACACCAGUAGAUGAGAAUGGUAGAAAAAACAAAUUGCAAAAUGAUAAAAUAGGCUUAGAUAGCAAAAAAGUUGACAAUAAUGUAAUUAGACCCAAGAAAAAAAGUAAAAGAAAAAUACAACAGGAAGAAGUGAUUCCAAUGGAAACUGAUAUGGUUCAAACUGAAGAUAUAGAAAAUAUUAGUAAAAAGAAAAAAUUAAAGGAACUUGAAUAGAUAUUGCAACUUGUAUCAAUAUAGCUUGUAUAUUUUUAUACAUCAGGUUAUGUUUUAUAAGAUGAUUGUAAAUAAAAUAUUAUAAAUUAUU